CGAUUGGUCUGCUGUAUAGGAAAAGAGAGUCACACAGAAAGAGAGAGGAAGUGCAAUACAACAGUCUGCACUGCUGUGGAAGUGACUUCUCUACAGCUCCAUUCUCCGAUACAGUUGGAGUGAAAAGGAGAAACUAUGCCUGGACCACCACCACCUCCUCCUCCACCUCCUCCCACCUUUGCCUUGGCAAAUACAGAGAAACCAUCUCUGAACAGAUCUGAGCAGCAGGGGAGGAAUGCCCUACUGUCUGACAUCAGUAAAGGAGCCCGUCUGAAGAAAGCCGUCACCAAUGACCGCAGUGCUCCAGCAUUAGAUAAGCCCAAAGGAGGAGGUGGAGGUGGAGGAGGUGGAGGCGGAGGUGGAGGAGGUGGAGGUGGACUAGGGGGUCUGUUCCAGGGUGGAAUGCCACGACUAAAAUCCUCUGGAGGCGCUUCUGCACGGCCACCCAUGCCACCCACUGGUGGUAGAUUCCCUGCACCAGGUGGAAACACUCCUCCUAGAAGAAGUCCUUCUGGCAGGGGCAAUGUCCCACCCGUACCUUCCUCUGCGCCUUCCCCUCAGCGCAGUUCCCCAUCCAGUGGCCCUCCUAGUUUACCUGGAGGCCGUCCCCCUGUGCAAUCAACGCCACCAGGCCGGCGCCCCAGCUUACCCCCAGCCCCUUCGAGUGGCCCCCCUGGACGCCAAGGCUGUUUUCCCCCACCUCCUGUUCCAUCUGGUGGACGCCCACCAUUUCACAAAAAUCCCUCUUCCUCUUUAGAUGAUUUUCCACCUCCUCCUCCACCAUCCUCUGGGGGAUCUUUCCCUCCACCACCGGUUCCCUCUAGUGGCCGUCCUCCACUUCCUGGAAUUCCCUCUUCUUCCUCCUCAGAUGAUUUUCCACCUCCACCACCUAUGGGAGGAAACAGGACGUCUUUUCCUCCACCUCCAAUUCCCUCUAGUAGCCGUCCUCCACUUCCCGGAAUUCCUUCAUCCUCUUCAGACGAUUUCCUGCCUCCCCCACCUAUGGGAGGAAACAGGUCAUCCUUCCCUCCACCUCCUGUUCCCUCUAGUGGUCGUCCUCCACUUCCUGGAGUUCCUUCAGCCUCCUCAGAUGAUUUUCCACCUCCACCACCUGCAGGAGGAAACAGAGCAUCAUAUUCUCGUGAAGGACCUCCACCACCACUGCCUCCAACAGGAAAUAAACCACCACCAGUCCCCUCAGCCCCAAGGCCUACAGGCAAUGCCCCACCACUUCCAUCAGGAAGAGGAGACUUGCCUCCAUUGCCCCCUGCACCUCAAGCAUCGUCCAACAUUCUCCCCCCUCGUCCAGGAACCACUGGUCCACCUCCACCUCCACCCACUUCCCGACCACCACAGGGACGGAACCCCUCAUCUGGACGAUCAGUAGGUUCUCUUCCACCUCCUCCUCCACCAGGAGGAGGCAGAGGUGGCACCAUGUCUCCACCUGCGCCUCCUCCUAGCCGUCCCGGUGGCGGUGGAGGGGCAGGCAGACCUCCUCCACCCCCAGAGCGGCCUGGAGGAGGAGGUUUUCCUCCCCCACCUACCUCCUCUAUGGGCAAUGGCUACCAGCGGCCCCCUCAGGGACAUGGUGCAGAUGAUUGGGGGAUGAGAUUUUCCUUCCAUUCCCUGUCUGAGCUGCCUCCUCCAGAACCUUAUGUCCCUUGCCCUAAGACAUACCCAAGCAAGGCUGGUAAGGGUGACAGCAAAGGACCAUCACAGAAAGAGAGAGGUGCUCCUCCACUGCCUCCACUGCCUGCAGGAGCCAGAUAAAGGGAAAUCAAUCACACCAUUGCAGUAUUAUUGGGGCCAGGUUGAUAUCUCAAUCAGAGGUCCAAAACAAAUAGUUUAAAAUAAAGUUUUUAAGAUGUUACUAAUGGUUGAAAUUCCAGAACACACACAAAAACACACAUACACAUACAUUCAAUGAAUACGCGAUUUCACAGGCGGUUAAUAGUUAUUUUAAUGUAAUGAAUUCCAAAUGUAUUUUUAAAGGGUUUCUACUAUAUUUGCUGUUUUUCUGUUACUACUUUUUUAGUAUUGUAUGUAUGAAUACAUGACUGAAGUAAUUAAUAAUAUUAAUAUGAGUUAAUGUUGGAUGAAUUGACAGGUGGAUGAUGAUAUAAAAGGCUAUGCUGUUUUGAAAUAAAGCACUUUUAUCAGAUACAACCUGUUCCAGAAAGUGGGCCAUUUUAUUUCCACAAUAAUAAUAUGUACAAUUGCAAGACAUUUAAGUAAUGAUCCAAAUACUUUGUAACUUCAUUCUGACAUUUUGGACUUAACAGUUAAUAAUAUUUUGAACCUGGCUGUUGUAUUAGUAUAUCAUGAUGAAUGGACUAAUAGAAAUGCUCCAAAAUGACUUUGGAACGAAAUUGAAGGUUUUCUCUUCUAUUGUAAAAAAUAUGAGAUUUAUGUGGUAGACACAGAUGAUAUAUUAACAUAUGAAGUAUUGAUGCCUAGUUUAAACAUGUAAGAUAUAUCAAAUGUUUACAAAUUACAUUCAAAUAAAUCAAUAAAGGAAGUGCCUACAGACGGUUAUAAAAUGAGUAUUAAAAACAUUGUAAUAUUUCA